GUUCAUUUCUCACAGACUGGGGAACAGACCAUCAUAAAAGUGACACCCGCACCGCUUAGAUUCACACUACCACUGUCCUACCUGUCUGAAAGGAACUCAAAUAACUCAAUCAUGUCCCUCCUACACGUUCUUCUCGUCUGCCUGCCACUGUUGGCCCUCGGCCAGGAUCUGACUGCCAUCGCUUACGAGUCUUUCAGAAGGAUUGAUGCCAACCAUGACGGCCAUCUUACUAAAGCCGAAGUUCUAAACUAUUUCGAUGCCUACGAUCUGAACAACGAUGGCCACGUGACCAAAGUUGAAUACGGCCAACGUGUCGACUCAGUUUUCCACGACCCAGCCGUCAACCAGGUCCUCCACCGCAUCUUCGACGGCCUGGACAGCGACAACAACAACAUCCUCAACAACCACGACUACGACCGUAUCUUCGCCACCGCCGACGCCAACAACAACGGCCAACUUACCCAAGCUGAGUUCGACAGAUACUUCAAAAUCAUCGCCGUUUAAGAUAUAGCCGAUCUAGGAGAUUUGUUUUGUUGUGAAUAAAUAUGGAAUUUAAUUUCUUUUAACAA